AUGCGGGUCAUCAUAUGGUUGUUGGCUGGCUUCAGCCUGGGAGGCAGUGUAGCACAUGCGCUUCAGACAAGGCAGGUUGACCAGGCUCUGCUGGCUGGAUUGCCUCAAUGUCCUCAAUCGUGUCUGGACGACUCUUUUCCGCAGUAUGGCUGUAGCAUCGGCGAUGAGGGCUGCUUGUGCGGUUCUGGAGAGGCCAUCAAGACGGCAGAGAUGUGCAUAACAUCCAACUGUACACUCAGCGAGAGCCUAGGUCAGCAGCCAUCAAGCCCACACGCCCUAGAGGAUAUCUGCGAUCGGUCGACUCGCGACAGAGGCGGUCUGACCAGACGCCUAGGCUGGGCCAUGUUCGCAUUCGCGACGUUCUUCACGCUCUCUCGCUUCCUCUCACGAUCACCCCUAUUCGGCGGAACAGGCUAUGGAUGGGAUGACUGGACGCUGCUCUUCUGCUAUGUGCUGCUCGUUCCCGCCGAUGCCAGCGCAGAGACGGAAGUGCAGAACGGUCUUGGUCUGGACGUGUUCAUGGUUCCCACGGCGAAUAUCGUAGAGAUCUUACGAUGGUUCUACGUCGGCGAAAUCCUCUACAACAUAAUCGUCAUGGUCAUCAAAAUCUCCAUCCUCCUCCUCUACCUCCGCAUCUGGACCGCCGACUCCACAACCCACCGCUUCCGCACCACCUGCUGGAUCCUCAUCGCCCUCCUCACCGCCAUCUCCACCACCGGCGUCUUCACCAUCAUCUUCCAAUGCACGCCCGUCUCCUACGCCUGGCUCCAAGCCACCGGCACAAUCCAAGGCCACUGCAUCCAGCUCUCCGCCUUCACGUACGUCUACGCGGCCCUGGACAUCACCUUCGACGCCAUCGUCUUCCUCCUCCCCAUCCGCAACCUGCUCAAUCUCGAAAUCAACCUGUGGAAGAAACUCGGCGUUAUUGUCGUUUUCCUCUGUGGGUUCUUCGUCACGGCUUGCUCGAUUAUUCGGUUACAAUACCUCGUCCGGCUGGGCGAUACGACGAAUUUGACCUGGGAUUUUCAGUACAUCGGCAUGUGGAGUCUGGUCGAGUGUAAUUUCAGUAUUGUCUGUGUUUGUAUGCCUGCUAUGGCGGGGCUCAUGCAGAGGAGGUCUUUCUCGCCGGGCCAGUAG